GUUCCCUGCGCGAUCGGAGCGGCCGAACAUGGCGCGCCCGAGACUGCCCCCAUCGCUGCUGCUGCCACUGCUGCUGCUGCAGGCCUCCGACACCUUCGCCGGCAUUGUGGACAGUGGUGCGCUGCUGGUGGCGCCGAAGGUGUGGCGGGCUGGAUCCGAGGAGAGGGUCUGCGUCACCGUGUUCAACGUUCCCUCCCAGACGAGAACGUUGAUAGAAUCCGAGCCGAGCGCUGAUCGGUCGAUCUCUGCGAAUUUUGAGCCAGUAGUGAAUGUUGAGCGGACGACGGGAGACACGCGACGUCGGCUUUCCAACAUUCUGAGUCUCCUCCGCAGCGGAGACCGGAUAGCCGAGCGAAGGCCGGCGCGGACCACAGUCAGCAGUGCCCCGGCCCCGAUCCGCGAGCACCGAUCGUCGAGAAUAUCACGACACACGGUUGAAGUUUUCGUUGGCUUCGCCAACAGCAAGAAUGGCAGAAGUGUGUUCGAGGAUAACAAACGUGUACCGGCGGGUAGUGGUGCCACCACCUCCUGUUUUGGCGUGUCAGUACCGGAGACACUUAAGGCAAGCUACAUUUACGUCAAGGUCCAAGGUAAGGCUGCGGUAUGGUCCAAGGUUCGCGUUGAGCCCAAGGUACUAGUAACCCUGGUGCAGACGGACAAGGCCAAAUACCGACCUGGCCAAACGGUCAAGCUGAGAGUUCUCUCGCUUCGUCAGGACUUCACGGCACUCGACGAUACUAUCAAGGAGAUUUGGAUAACGGCGCCCGAGGGCACCCGUCUGGCGCAGUGGCUCGACGUUCGGAUGGACGUCGGCCUCGUGCAGAAAGAGUUUCAGCUGACCCAGGAGCCGCCGCUGGGCCGCUGGACGAUCCACGUGCGCCGCGGUGACGGUGCCACCACAAAGCAGUCGUUCGAUGUAGAAGAGUUCGUGCCUCCCAGAUUCGAAUUGGAUGUCAACGUGCCCGGAGUCCUUUACCGUGACUCGCGGGUGCUCACUGUUAAAGUCUGCGCCAAAUACACGUUCGGUAAGCCUCUGGUGGCUGCUGAUGUUCGCCUGCUUAUCACAAGUAAGGAGCCGAAUGCAUUUCGACAAGGGACCUCAGAAAACGGUCAGAACAAAUAUUCACAAAAGACUGACGGCCAGGGAUGCACAUCAAUCCACGUAUCGAUGUCAAGACUACACGGCUCGUCGGGCAUUCCUCACCAUAUUACGCAGUACAUGGUAUCGACUAAUGUAACUGAAGCAAGUACGGGCAUCAGCCAACUAUCAGAAGUAGUUGUGCCUGUCAAAAGCACCAAAUUGUUUAAAGUUAUCAAAGACGAAUCACCCAAGUUUAUCAAACCAGGUUUGGACUAUUAUGGGACGGUCCGUUUUGAAAGACAAGAUGGCUCCCCAGUGACCAGCGAACAAGUAGAAAUCUGUCACACCGUCUAUUACUAUCGAGAAAUGGCAAAGAAAUCUUCAAAUAGGCUUCCACCCAUUAUGAAAAAUGCAAACACUGGCUCUCCCCGCGAGAAAUGCAAAGUUUACCGCACAGAUAGCUCGGGGAGAGUGAUCUACGUCGUGCCAGCGCAGUAUGACGAGAUUGCCUACAUAACAUUCAAAGGACGCACCCUGGGAACGGAGCAGCGUUUUUCGCUGCCUCUGGUGCGCGCCUGGUACUCUCCCAGCGAAUCGUUUCUGCUUAUUGACGCCCGGAGUCUGCUGGGCGGCGUCAAGUGCGGUCAGACAGUCACAGUCGACGUAAGGCGCAGCGCAAACUUCCGUGCCGACGCCAUGCGCUAUUUGGUGCUGGCGCGCGGCGACAUUGUUGGCGACGGGCCGGUGCACUCGAACUCGGUGAGGAUUGUGAUCAACUCCCGAAUGGCACCCUCGUUCCGUCUGCUGGUGUACGCUGUAACCGACCAGGGAGAGGUGGUCGCCGAUUCCAAAGUCGUCCGCGUGGCACCUUGUCUUCCAAAUAAAGUAUCGGUGUCGUGGAGCGCGGCGCAGGUCAGGCCAGGGGACACCGCCUCCCUGACGGUCACUGGGUCGCCCGGCUCGCUCUGCGGAGUGGACGCGGUGGACCGCAGUGCCCAGCUGCUGGGCACCUCCAACACGGUCAGCGUCGGCAAGGUGUUCAGUCAGGUGUCACGACUGAUUAUAGGGGAGAAGGCACUGCCGAAGCUGGCGCGCACCUCUUACGAGCAUUGUUCGCGGAUUCCUACCCGAUACAUAACCAGCGAGGAGCCAUCAUGCCCGUCUUCCAGAACGCGUCGUCAAGGAUCAAACCAAUAUUGGGAUCACAGGAAAAUUUGGUAUGAAGAAAAAAGAAUUGAAACCUACAUGGAUGAGCGCGAAGAUUCAGUAGCUGCCUUUGACAUGGCGGGCCUUUUAGCGGUGACCGGCUUAGCUCUACAGACGCGGCCUUGUGUUGAGCGCAUUGUUACUGUUAGAAAGCACAUUAAAUGCUAUCCAAUUUAUGCAACGGUAACGACAGCGGUAGGGUCUUCGGGACCGCGCAAAUCAGGGAUUACGAAUACUGCAGACAGUGUCGUAAGAACCGCGGUAAGAGGGACAAGCGCUGGAAGUGGAUUCACGGUACUAAAUCAAAGAGGUCCAAUCAAGCAAGCUGCAUCCAAUCAACGUUCUGUAAAGCCUGGCAGCUUUGGCACAUCUCCAAGCACAAAGACUUCAGCUGCUACUGAAGACAAAACUUUUGCAAGUAUUGGGGACGAUGAUAGGAAAGUGCCACUCCUGAACAGCACGACAGUAGCAGUUUCUAUCAAUACGCAAGAAACAAACGUUGAGGUUGAGACCUUUCGAGAGUCUUUCGAGCCGGUCGUUCGUUUUUUCUUCCCCGAAACGUUUAUAUUCCAGUUAUAUGCUCUUGGAUCAUCGGGCCAGAUUCGGCUGACUCAGCAGCUUCCUGACUCUAUUACCAGGUGGAUAGGCUCGGCGGUUUGCUCCCAUCGUCAAGUGGGACUGGGACUAUCUGGACAAUCAUCGAUUAAAGUAUUCAAACCCUUCUUCGCUGAAAUAAAUGUGCCCUAUUCGGUGAAACGCGGAGAGCUACUACAGCUCAAAGUCUCCGUCUUCAAUUUCCUCCAUACGCAGCUUUCGGUGAUUUUGCGACUUGAGGACGUUCCCGGCGUGCAGCUGCAGGGCCAGCGUGAGCGCGCGCUGUGCGUGGGCACCGACCAGCCGUCGGUGAGCACGUUCCCGGUGAUGUUCACCGAGCUGGGCCAGCGCAGUCUGGUGGUGUCCGUCAGAGCCACCGGCGCGGCGUGCGGCAGGCCCAACGACAUCGGCGUCCAGAGUGACGCUCUAGUGCGCGACAUCCUGGUGAAGCCAGAGGGGUUUCCGCAAGAGGAGGCUCUGACGGAGCGAGUCUGUGCAAAGGAUGGUGGCUCUAAUACGCAUGUGUUCGAGCUGGGCUUCUCGCCGCGAGUGGUUCCCGGCUCGUCGCGGGCGGUGGUCUCCAUCUACGGCGAUCCUCUUGGACAGGCCAUCACCCAGCUGACCGGACUGGAGAGCCUCGUCAAGGUGCCUCAUGGGUGCGGCGAGCAAAACAUGGUCUAUCUUGUUCCCAACAUCCUGGUCCAUCAGUACAUGAAGGCCAAAGACAUUCUCAGUGCUGAGCUGAAGAAGAAAACUGUCGACAACAUGCUGAGCGGGUACCAGCGGCAGCUGAGGUAUCGCCACUCGGACGGCUCGUACUCGGCGUUCGGCGAGAGCCGCUGGCGCCGCACUCAGGGCUCCCUCUGGCUGACCGUGUACGUGAUGCGCUGGUUCGCGGUGGCCAGGAAGCUGGUGCCGAUCGACGCCGAGGACCUGGCCGCCAGUCGCCGCUGGGUGGAGCAGCACCAGCGCAGCGACGGAUGCUUCAACCGCGUCGGCUGGCUGUACGACAAGGCGAUGAGCGGCGGCGUGGCCGACGGCGGCCGGCUGGCGCUCACUGCAUUCACCGUGCUGGCGCUGCUGGAGGCCGACUCGGGCUCGGCGGCGCUGCGCCGCGCUGUCCGCUGUCUGCGCGACGGCACGCCCAGCGGCCUCUACGCUCAGGUGCUGGUGGCGCACGCCCUGCUGGAGGCCGGUGAGAGGGCGGCGGCGGAGGCGGCCGUGCCAGGCCUGCUGCGUCGAGCCGUGCGCGGCGAGGACUCACUCCACUGGCGUUCGGGACGUUCCAGCCGCUGGAGCGGCAGCAGCGCGCUGGACGUGGAGAUCACCGCCUACAUGACGCUGACGCUGCUUCGGCUGGGAGGCCACGAGACGGACGUCGCCGCGGCCGUCCGCUGGCUGGACCGGCGCCGCAACGGCCACGGCGGCUGGGUGUCCGUCACCGCCGCCGGCUCUGGCUGUAUCAUGGCACAGACCGUCCUGAGAUACAGUCUGAAGGAGACAAAAGCCAAGCAGGCAUUCCAGAUUAAGCACGACAUACGGCCCGCUCAAACAGGACUCUGUCAGACGUUUAUCCUGCAGAUAUGUGCCUCAUACACUGCCGCAGAUGCGGCGUCGAACAUGGCCAUCAUCGAGAUCGAGAUGCUCUCCGGUUUCGUCGCCAUUGACUAUGUUCUGCAAGAGCUGGUGCGGAGCAAUGUGAUCCGGCGCUGGGAGGUGCGCCAGGCGGUGUUGGCGCUCUACUUUGACCAGCUGGUCAAGAAGACGCUCUGUUUCGAUGUGCGCGUCCUGCAGGAGGCGGUGGUGCAGCGGCUGAAACCGGCCACCAUCGCCGUCUACGACUACUACACCACCGAGCACCGCCUGGAGACCGAGUACCGACUGCCCGCCUGCGGCUAGCCGCUCAGCUCGCCGCCUGGAGACCGAGUACCGGCUGCCCGCCUGCGGCUAGCCGCUCAGCUCAGCCGCCCGAAGGCCGAGUAUCUGGUCAGCCGCCCUGAUAGGCCGCUCAGCCGACACGGCAGGCCGUCAGACAUAUGCCGACAUAGCACAGCACUCGAAUCGAAGUUUUUGAAGUAAAGUCUUGUUUUAGGUGAUUCACUGCAAUAAAUGUUUGAAUUAUG